AUGACUGCUGUGGCUCCUAUGGAGAUCCGUGUCUUCUCCGACUUGGUGAACAAAGCAAGGGUUGUGGAGGAGUAUGCCAAGACCGUGGCGGCAUCCAAGGACGCUCAUGGAGGGAGCUCUAGUCGUGUGCAUGGCAAGUAUUUUCAUCCAAGAGGACAAAGCUUCAAAAGAGGAGGAUAUGCACCUCAAGGCCAAGGGGGCUUCAGAAAGAACAAUCAGGAUCCGUUCCAGUACGCUAAAGGAAGAGGAAAUCAGAGUGGUUGCUUCCGUUGUGGGUUACCUGGCCAUAUUGCGAUGGAUUGCACUCGUGGAAGGAAUUAG